AUAACAAAAUAAAAUAUAUCAGUGGACAGACGUCGCGGGUACAGACAUACAGUGUAAUCUCAAAAAAAUAAUCUCCUUUACGUUUUUGUAUGACCUAAAUAUAACUUUUCCAAACGCUUUCUGUGACUUAUCGUUUUGUCCGAUCGCGUAUACAUCGCCGUAAAAUGGACGUAGACAAUGACCCGCUGGACCAGAACCUCUUGCGCCAAUUCAACUGUCUGUGCACGACGGACAAGGAGAAUCUGGUUAAGGGUUUGCGAGAGCUGAUUGGCGACCAGCUAACGGAGUCCGCUGCAGUAUUCUUCCUAGAGAUGAACGACUGGAAUAUGCAUAGGGCUGUCGGUACAUAUUUUGACGUUAACAAUGAAGGUGCAAUACCGUCCAUGUCUUUGGUCAGGGACGAAAAUAGUGAAAAUGUCCUGCAGUUGCCACCAAACCUUCGGUUUACAAAAUCCUGGGAAGUCAAGAACAAUGGUCGUAUAAAGUGGCCACCCGGUUGUACUCUCCAGUUCAAUGGAGGAGACUCCAUUUCUGUUUACACUUCGUUGCCAACAACAACGCUUGAACCUGGGUGUACCAUGACACUAAGCACUGAUUUUAUAACACCUUCUAAACCUGGAUCAUAUCAGUCUAAAUGGCGUAUGAUGUUGCCAACAGGAACAUAUUUUGGAGAUACAAUUUGGACUUUAGUCCAGGUAGAAGACAAUGAUUCAUUUCAAAAUGAAUUAUCGAGACAGUUAGUCGAAAGCAUUAAUUUGGGUUCUCCAAUGCAAAGCCAACCAAACGUUUUAAAUCCCUUUUCUACAUCACAGCAAAACCAACCAACAAAUCAAGACACUGAUACUCAAACCAAUAUGGAAAGUGAUAUAUUGUGAUUAUAAAUUUGGUUAUUUGAGACUCAACUUGUUACAUUAUUGAACAUUGAAUAUGAUAAUUUUUAAAUUUUGUUACAAACAUUAUUUUAAUAAUAUAUAGUUUUAAAUAAACCUUAAAAUUACGUAGUGGUAAUUUAAAGGUUGAAAUAAAAUUAUGAUUUCAGCAUAAAGUUAGUAAGUAAGAAAUCUAUUUGAUAUAUAUUUUUAUUUUAUUUUUUUGGUUUUGUCAUAAAUGAAAUUAUUUUGCAAAAUCCAAGUUACAUUAUGUCAUGAUCAGGUGUCUGUUAUAUAAAAUGUACAGUUUAUAUUUUAUUGUUUUAUCAUGACAAUAUAUAUUUUUUGUUACAUAACUAACUAGUUCUAUAAGUAAAACUAGUUUUAUUAAAAUAUAAUAAGACAUUUUUCAAAAAAAUUAAAAUGUUUAACAUUUUUUUUUAAAAGUUCUGUCUUAUACAUAAACAAAUAUGUAUAUUGUAUACAUAUGAUAUUUGUGUAUAUUUAAACCUUAUAUUAACAAUUCUCUUAAUCAUAUUUUAUUGGUUUCUAUAUUUAUACCUUAAACAAAAUGACGCCAUAAUUAGUACUGCUCAACAGCUUUUAUUUUACUUUUAUUUUAAACUUAUUUAAAAACUGUGGACAUCUCAUAUAAACAUUUGAUUUACAAUACCGUGUAUACGUUGUUCAAGUGUUAUGUGAACAAAAAUUAUGUAUGCAUGUAUGUACCUUAAAUUAAUUAAUAUAAACUAUUUUAUUAAAAUAUA